CGUGCCAUCUCGCUCGCCUCGUUCCUCGCCCCGGGCCUUCCGCGCCUCGCGCCUCGCGCGGGCCUCGCGCCAUGUGCGACGUGCUGGGCCCCCCGCAGCGGACUUGCCCCUUCCAGCGGUAUCAUGUCUACCGCAGCCGCAACACCAUCUUGGUGUUUGGCAUCGACAAGGUGAAGAAAGAGUACAGCUGCCUGAAGAUCCCAAAGAAGGAAGAGGUGCUGGAGCUCCAAGAGGGCGAGCAGCGAUUCCCCCUGGAUCAGCUGGAGCCACACCUCGCCUCUUUGCGCCGCGACGGUUUGGAGGAGGUGGCGCUGAGGGCCUCCGGCCUCGUGGGCUUCAUCCGCUUCACCGGGGGCUACUACCUCAUUCUCAUAAAGAGCCAUAAGAAGGUGGGGCGCAUUGGGCACCACUUCGUGCUGUCCAUCGAGAGCACGGCGCUGGUGCCGCUCUUCAACGACGCCUCGAAGGAGGAGAAGAACUUCAAGGAUCAGUUUCACAAGCUGAACCUCUCCAAGGAUUUCUACUACUCCUACUCCUAUGAGCUUUCGCGCACCAUGCAGCAGAACCUGGCGGAUGCCAAGAGCACCGGGCCCAAGCUGCGACCCCUCUUUCUGGAGACCGAUCCCAACAAGCACCACAGGUUCGUGUGGAACCACUACCACAUGACCCCCUUCUUUGCGAAGGAGGGCUGGCAGCACUGGUGUCUCUCCAUUAUCCAUGGCUUCUUCGGCAACACCCGGUGCAGCUCCUUCGGCUGGUCCUUCUCGGUGGCGCUGAUCGCGCGGCGCAGCCGCUUCUACGCGGGGACCCGGUACCGGAAGCGGGGGCUCAAUGUGCACGGCCAGGUGGGCAACGACGUAGAGACGGAGCAGUUGUUGUGCGACGACUCCACGCGGAAUUUCGCCAGCGGCCACGUGAUGAGCUUUGUACAGAUCCGGGGCAGCGUGCCGCUCUUCUGGUCCCAGGAGGCGGCGGCCUACAACCCCAAGCCCCCGGUGGUCUAUCCCAGGUGCGACCCCACGCUGUCGGCCACGCGGAAGCACUUUGUGGACUUGUUGGAGAGGUAUGGCACUCCUCAGCUGGUGGUGAACCUGAUGAAGGCGAAGAAGGUGGACAGCUACGAGGUGCGGCUCAGCAAGCACUUCGAGUCCGCCAUCGAGCGCAUGAAUCGGGAGCUGCCACCAGAGGUCCGGAUCAUGUACAGGCCCUUCGACAUGAAGAACCACGCCAAGUCCAACAACUCCAUCUUCGAGGUCUUCUCGCGGCUGGCGGAGUCCGUGGUCACGCGGGUGGGCUUCUUCCACACCAAGCUGGGCCUUGAGGGCAAGCCGGAGAGGCUGCAGAACGGGGUGGUGCGCACCAAUUGCGUGGACUGCUUGGAUCGGACCAACGUGCUGCAGUUCUUCGUGGGCCUGGAGGUGAUGAAGCAGCAGUUGACGGCCAUGAGUCUGCUGCCGGAACCGAAGAUGGACUUCGAGAGCCAAGCGGUGCUGGUGCUCAGCGAGCUUUACGAUGUCAUGGGCGACCACGUGGCGCUGCAGUACGCAGGCUCCAUCGCGCACAAGAAGUACCAGCUCUUGGGCUCGCGGCCCCGCAUGAUGCCCACCUCCAAGGAGCUGCUGACCUCCAUCCACCGGCACUACCACAACUCCUUCACCGACUCUGAGAAGCAGGCGAGCCAGAACUUGUUCCUGGGCCUCUACCAGCCCUCCAAGCACCCACCCAUGGAGAAGCUGGACUGUGACAGUUGGCUCCACCACCAGCCUUUGGAGGACGACUACACUCCCGGAGGGUGGUGGCUAGAGCCAUUGCGGAGGCACCAGGAGAGCAUGGCGCCGCUGUUGUCGGACCAGGAGCAAUACCAGGUGAAGCUGUCUCCCGAGGACCUGCGGAAAUGGUUCCAGCAAGUGCACAAGACCCAGAAGUACACCCACUUCGAGAAGCUCUUGGCCAACGUGGACGCCACCUUCGCCUUCGUGCAGAUCAACCCGGGCCACCGGCCGCUCCGGAAGCUCCGGGCCGCGUCCCGGAGCGGGCCCCCGUUGACCCUGAAAAGCACGGCGUGCCCCACGCCUUUGGCGCCCGAGGUGCUGGCGGUGUACAAGGCCUACGUGGGGAGGAUCAAGUUGGCGAAGUUCGACGCGGUGUUGCCCAAGUUCCGGAGCGUCUUCCUGGAGGAAGCUCCGAAGCGUGUGGCGCCGGGAGACGCGUUGAAGCUCUACGAGGACAUGAAGCGGCUGCUCAGGAAGCUCCGCAAGCAGAGGACGGAUGAGAAGGGCUCGAAGUCCCUGAAAGAGAAGUACGAGAAGCUGGUGCGGUCCCUGCCCUUGCACAGCGACAUGCCGAGGAUCCAAUCCGCCCAAGCGCCCCUGCGACAUGCACAGGCGUCCGGGUCGGCCGCGCCGAUGACCCCGCAGCCGGCGAAGACCUUGUCCUGGGAGGGCGACGCCAGCUUGGCUCUGUGCAGGUACUGCCACCAGGUCUUCGCGUUGACGCCUUCAACGAGUGCGCCAGCCCUUUGCCCCCGACAUCAGCGCCGGGAGCGACAACUCCAGAAGUUCGUCCAGGGACCGGAGCGUGAGGAGCCGAGCACCAAGCUUCCGCCGCCCAGCGCGGAGAAGCCCUGGCAGGGCUGGACGCGGGCCUGGGGCAGUGCCAAGGAGAAAGAGAAGUGCCAGGGCGAGGAAGACACCACAAACAAGGCGCAGGCGGAGGAUCCCAAGGCGGCGCGGUUGGAGCUGCUGCGGCCCUACAUCUUCCCCCAUGGGCCCCUGCCGACGCCCAAGACCGGACAGGAGCUGGGCUUACCCAGCUGGUACCUGGCACCAUCCUCGAGCCCGCCGUCGGUGCGCAGCCACAUGGCGCAGCCCCUGCAGCCCCGUGCCAAGAGCGGCAUCACGAAGGACAAGAGCAAAGUCCGCCGCAACAGCAACGCGGGCCACACCCUCGGAGCCCACGUGCGAACGCCCAGCGCCAACUUGGCCUCGCCCAAAGCGGAGAUGGUGGGCCGCAGCAUCUUCGGCAAUGUGGUUCAGUUGAUCGAAGAUCUCAAGUGAUGGCCGAGCUGCCGGGAAGAACGACUGGGAUGUUCUGUGUGGCUUUGUGCCAAAACAGCACAAGAAAGACGCCCCUGCAAGUUAACAUGGAGAGC